AUGGACUAUUGUGACUCCGAUGAUGACUACAACACCGACGUCGAAAACAACACCGACAUUGAAUCCAAUGAUGACAGUGAUGAACCCUUCUUCAACCACUCCAUAAAUAAAAACUACACCGUCUUAAACGUGGCCGAAAUUCGACGUCGACAAGAUGAUGAUAUAUCUCAUAUAUGCACAGUUUUAUCCCUAUCAAAACCCCAUGCAAUGGUUUUACUUUCCCAUUACAAUUGGAAAAUUUCGAAGCUCCAUGAUGAGUGGUUCGUCGAUGAACAAGCCGUCUGCAACGCAAUCGGCUUGUUCGAUAAUAAUAAUAACAACAACAACGACAAUAACAAUAAUAAUAACAAUAGUUGCGGGGUUUGUUUUGAUGAGUUUGAUAAGGUCGAUAUGCGGUCCGUGUCAUGUGGUCAUACAUUUUGCGUAACAUGUUGGAAAGGCUACAUUAGUUCGGCUAUAAACGAUAGUGGUGCAGGAUGUUUAUCACUAAGAUGUCCAGAGUACAAGUGUCGAGCAGCAGUAACUAAGGAUUUGAUUGAAGAGUUAGCUUCAAAGGAGGAAAAUGAAAAAUAUGAUGGGUAUUUUGUAAAGUCUUAUGUAGAGUGUAAGAGGGAAAACACUAAGUGGUGUCCUACACCCGAUUGCGAAUGUGCUGUGGAGUUAGAGCUUGAUGAUGAUGGUGGACAUGGCUACGAUGUUAGUUGUUUAUGUUCGCGUCGUUUUUGUUGGAAUUGCGGCGAGGAGGCGCAUAGACCGGUGGAUUGUGAACUGGUGGCGAAGUGGGUUGCAAAGAAUUCAUCGGAGGCUGAGAAUACUAAAUGGAUUCUUGCUUAUUCUAAGCCUUGUCCAAAGUGUCACCGCCCUAUUGAGAAGAAUCAUGGAUGCAAUCACAUGACUUGUGCAUUAGGUUGCAAGUAUGAAUUCUGUUGGUUAUGCUUAGAAGAUUGGAUGGGGCACCAUGAGUCAUAUUCAUGCAACAGCUUUAAUAACAAGCCAAACUCAUCAGAGAAAAAGAAGGAUGAACAAAUUAGGAAACAUGCUAAAAAAACACUAGAGAGAUACACACAUUAUUAUGAACGAUGGGCAAGCAACCAUAAAUCAAGACAAAAAGCCAUUGAUGAUUUGAUUAGAGUUGAGUCAAUUGAUCUAAAAAUCGUGAGUGACAGGUUUAAGACUCCUGUAACUCAACUUGAGUUUAUAACAACAGGUUGGAAACAGAUUAUAGAGUGUAGGAGAGUACUUAAAUGGUCUUACACCUAUGGCUAUUAUUUGCUAGAACACGAACCUGUAAAAAAGCAGUUUUUCGAAUACUCACAAGGAGAAGCUGAGCAUUAUCUUGAGAAACUUCAUGGUUGUGCAGAAAUUGAAUUUUCUUCUUUGCUUGACAUGGAGAAGCCACAAGAUCAACUCGAUUUCGACGAGUAUCAUAGUAAGCUAGUUCAGUUAACCAAGGUGACUGGUAAGUAUUUUGAGCAUUUAGUUAGAGCUUUGGAGAAUGGUUUAUCAGAAGUGGAUGUUGGAGAAUCAUCUAGUACUAUAAAUGAGAAAAUGAGAAAAAAAUUGACUCCUGAUGAAUCACCAUCUUCUACACUUGUGAAUGUUGAUUACUGGAAUUGUGAUCAGUGUACGUACAUGAAUCCCUUAUCAGCUACUUCUUGUCAAAUGUGUUCUGAACGUUGA